AGUGGUUUUAUUUUUAUGCACUACUUAAUGAACCUUGCCGCCUUUAUAAUAAAAUUUUUGUUGCAUUACAGAAAAUUGCAACUCUCAGCAAGGAUGGAUUCCGAUUUUAAUGCUUGCGUUGGAUACAAGAUUAACUGCACAAUUUUUGGUCAUGAUAUCGAAGGGGAUGGGGAGGCUUGUCUGAAUUUAGGAUUCAUGAAAUCAUUAGUCGGCAGGGUGACAGACGGGGAAGGCUCUCCACCAGACUUAAAAGGUGACUAUAUAUUUAUCUUUUGAGUUAGUUUUUGGCUGAAGUGUUUACGUUUUGUCUUUUAUAUUUUGUUCCUACUUCUUCACCUCCCAUCAUUGAAGGCGCAAAGGUAAAUGCAUUGGUUCUGAUAUGUGCGAAAAGGUCAUAAUGCUGUGUGUGACUCCCUCUAUUUGCGACGUACUGUAUACUGGAGUUAAAGCGCUUCACCUGGAGGUGUGGUCCGGUUUACGGCCCUUUUUCAUUCAUUACUUACCUUCAACGUUGGAUCAUACAGUUACUUGUCAUUUAACCCUGUAAUAAUAUCCGUAUUCUGUCUGUCUGGUGAAAAUGCUUGCCCUGAAGCUUACUUUAAACCUCGUCUGAGUAAUUCAAUACUUUAUGUUAACAAGUAAAUAAAAUGCAUAUAAUACCACUGCGAGAAAUCUGUGCGACAGGCGAAAAUCUAAGGACCGCGAACACUUUUCAACGGGUUACUAAUAAUUUUUCAAGUAAUAAAUCGCGUUUAAAUUACUUCUUUUCUAGGUAUCACACAAACAGAGACAAAGUUAGAGGAAGCAGAAGCGAAGAAAAAUACUUUAAAAGAUGCUGAGAAGAAAUUAGCAGAUGCUGAAAAGGACGCUGAGUCAGAGGUUUCUACUGAAACUGCAAAGAAAUAUGACGAAGAAAUGCAAAGAAAAAGGGGUACUGUUCCUCAUCCAGAUACUAUAGAAUUCAUAAAAAAACUUCCAAAACGUACUACAGUUCCAACUGAAGAAGAAAUGAAGUAUAUUAAAGCAGCGAACGAACCUCUACCUAAUCACAAUGCUAGACGUAAGUAACUAUUGCGGCUUGUACCAAAAGUGUCAGGUUCAAAUGCUUUGAUAUUUUCUAUUUUUCAAGAAAUGUCAGUUAAACAAGUUAUUAGGUUUGUAAUAACCAAACUGUUGCUUUCAUCUUUAUGCUUUCACUCUAUCAGAACGCAUCACUGUAAUAUCUUAUAAAACUAAUGCACCAUAUUUUCCAGGAGAAGAGAUUAUUGCUGCAUUUGCACCUCAUCCUUGGUUCAAGCUCGAAGAGAUACCACUACUUGGAAUGUCUUCUUUGCCAUUAAAAGAUGAUGCGGUCACUCGUUCAAAAAGAACACUUCUUGAUUUUGGUAACAAUUAUUCCUUAACCGUGUCUAUCAUAUGCAAUGAUAUAUAAAUGUAUAAAUCACGUUUUUAAGAUAUUGUAUGUAUCAAUGCUUUUUUGACCACCUAUAGAAUCGAAUAUGAACCCAUGUCAACGAGUAAAAAGGGCUCUUCAAAAUUAUGAAGGUCUUACAGAUGGAUUAACAUCUUCAUCCAAGUCUAUUACACAGCAGAGAGACAUGCUGAAAAAUACCAUCCGUCAGGAAAGAAGCAAAAUUGACACCAUUAAAUCAAACAUUCAAAAUUUAGAACAACGGCAUAAUUUGACAGAUGAAGAAAAAUCAGACGCAUAUUUCUGGUACAACAAGCUUGACAAAGGACUAAAUGAUUUCACAAAGCGAUCAGAAGAAGCGAUUAACAAACAGGACUCAUAUGCGUUGCCAAUUCUUCGAAACCAACUGAAUCAUAUGCUGAAAACAGAGAAAGGCUCAACAGUGCUGGAAUUCACAGAUUUGAUUCAUAAAAAUGCAAUGCAAGGGUACAAGCGAUCUAUCAUUCCCAAACACGAAAGUGACGAUGGACAAAAAACGCUUUUGUCCAUCAAACGGGAUUUGAAAGACGUACUCACCAAUGUUGACGACUCUCUGACAAAUCAAGAUGGCCGACUGCAAGUUCUUCGAAACAACAUUCAAUCCAUGAAAAAACAUGUCCACGCUUGCGAGAACAAUUAAAAGAAAAUUUACUUCACCAUGUAUGGUAUUGAAAGAAUUUGAGAGGGAAGUAGUAUCGCAAGAGUAUUUAGUCAUUGUAACUUUUAGAGUCAAUGGAGAAAAAAAUCAUGCAUUCAAAACAAUACCUAUUGUAGUGGUCACUUUUAUUACAUUCUACCGCAUAACUCAGUUUUUUCAAUAUCUAGGAGGCUGUAAGUAGUAAUCCAGCAGUGCAGAAUAACAAAUGCGUACAAAUGCGCAUGAAAAAUCAUGCGCAUUUGUUGUCAAUAAUGCUACUAGCUUCAUACACGCUUGUCAAGUACAUUUUCUGAUUUACAGCAACUU